GUUAAAUGACGUGGAUAAGGGGCGAACUAGCUAAAACGAAUGGUUGAGAUCUCACACAGUCACACGUGCCCUAGUUGUGAUCUCAUCCGCGUCCGCCGCGUGGCUGAGGCCGGGCUGUGUGAGCUCGCUGGGGGCUCAGCGUCUGGGCACUGUUUCGAGCCGCCACGCGUCCUCUCGCUCCUGCCACAUUCAAACCAGCGCCUCAUUUCCCGUACCUUCUGCAUCGCUUGUUCGUAGAUUCGCACCGCAAACCGGAAAUUGGAGCCUCUCUAAUGCGUGCUUGCUAAUUUAGUGCCCUAAGAACGAGGAGACCGUAGAAGACGACGACGAUGACUUCACGCUUGAUGCAUUGCCCUAAGCGUUCUCUAUCAAGAUUCACUUUUUCUAUCAGGUUUUCCAGUGUUCAUGGUGAAAGGCCAACAGCUGAUUAUGCAAAGAGGAGGAAAGAAUCUUUGGAAAGCAAAUUUGGACAUGCUCUUGGAACUUACAGAUCAAAAAGCCUUUCGUUAUUGUACCACUUUGGCCCAUUCCUAGCUUUGUACAGAGCAUCAAUAAUCUCAUUCCACGUGUUUAAGAUGUCCAUUUGGCAAUUUUUCGUGGACGACAUAACAAAGCGAGCUAUUAAGUUUCGUCAAACACUUAUUCGGUUGGGACCUUUCUACAUUAAGCUAGGCCAAGCUCUGAGCACAAGGCCAGAUAUACUGCCGGCAGUAUAUUGCCAAGAACUUGCUAAGUUACAGGAUCAAAUUCCUCCAUUUGCAACACAUGUUGCAACUAAAUCAAUUGAGACUCAAUUAGGUCUCCCAAUAGAUAAGAUUUUCGCUGAUAUUAGUGGGGAGCCUAUUGCAGCAGCAUCUCUUGGACAAGUUUACAAAGGUUCGAUUAUCUCAGUUUAUCAUGAGACUCAUUGGGUGCUCUAUUUGGCCAUCUGUGUAUAUUGCAGAAUAUCACCUGUUUACUUUGAGGUCCUGCAUAGUCCAUGUAUUCCCUAUCCUUCGCUUACUGUAUUCUUUACCAUUUCACUUCACACGGAGUUUAAGGAAAUAAAAUUCUGAGGUUGAGAUUUAUUUAGAAAGUAAAAUUUGAAAGAAUCAAUAUCUGCCACACAAUUAUUUCUAUAAUUGGAUACGAAAAGAUUAUUUCAGGACAAACAAAAAAGGAAGUUUGGAAGAUUUAGGGAGGAUGUGCCAUGGCGGUAUUCUUGUUGUUUUUUCUUUGGACUUCUUUUCUUUUCAUAUUGAUACUUGAUAAUGGCGUGAGUUGUUGAGAAAGUGUAAUUGCUUUCUUUCCAUUAUUGAGAAUGUGGAAACAAGAACUUAAGUGUGUGGUGGGACAAUGGGUUCAGGUAUUUUGUGUAGACAAGGCCUUGACACCAAACAAAUUUUAUCCUAAAUGCUUGGUUUCUUGCUUCAAGUUUUUCAGCUCACUUGCACACUGGAGAGCUUGUAGCUGUUAAAGUUCAGAGGCCUGGUAUGUCUCAUUUGUUGACACUUGAUGCCAUGUUAUUUCACAUGAUUGGGGGCCAAUUAAAAAGAUUUGCAAAGGCUCGUAAGGAUCUCUUAGUGGCUGUGAAUGAGUUGGGUUUGCUUGAUUGGAUAGGUGAGGCAUAUGUUUGAAGAGAUUGACUAUAUCCUGGAGGCGCAUAACGCAGAACGAUUUGCAUCUCUGUAUGCAUCUUACUAUAGUGAAAAUAUCAGCCGAGGAAUUGAAGAUGAUAGUGUUAUAAAUAUGAAAGUGAAUGGCAUUAAGGUUCCCAAAAUAUACUGGAAUUUUACUCGUAAAGAGGUUCUUACAAUGGAAUGGAUUGAUGGAAUAAAACUUACUGAUGAAAGUCGCCUGAGGAAUGCUCAUUUAAAUAAGAAAAAACUUGUUGAUCAGGGUCUAUAUUGCUCUUUGAGGCAGUUGCUGGAGGUAGGCUUUUUCCAUGCUGACCCCCAUCCAGGGAACCUUGUUGCCACUGAGGAGGGAUCUCUUGCUUAUUUUGAUUUUGGAAUGAUGGGAGAUAUUCCACGUCACUACCGUGUUGGACUUAUAAGAAUUCUAGUGCAUUUUGUCAAUCGCGACUCAAUGAGUUUGGCAAAUGAUUUCCUCUCUCUUGGUUUCAUUCCUGAAGAGGUUGACAUACAAUCAGUUGCAGACGCAUUGCGAACAUCUUUUGGGGAUGGGAGUAGACAAUCCCAGGAUUUCCAGGGUAUAAUGAAUCAGUUAUACGAUGUAAUGUACGAGUUUAACUUCUCUCUCCCUCCGGACUAUGCGUUGGUGAUCCGUGCUCUAGGAUCACUAGAAGGAACAGCAAAAGCACUGGAUCCUGGAUUCAAAGUGGUGGAGAGUGCAUAUCCAUUUGUUAUUGGGAGGCUUUUAGCAGACCCAAGUCCUGAUAUGAGGAGAAUACUGAGAGAGCUUAUCAUCUGUAAUGAUGGUUCCCUCAGGUGGAACCGGCUGGAGAAACUGGUUACGGCAAUAUCACAACAAAUAGCUGCUGCAGAUGGAGAAGCACAACACAACGACUCAAACCCACUUGAACUGUCUUUUGACAUGCGUGCUGUAGUUUCUGCCACUGAGGAUCUUUUCACCUUCAUAUUAUCGGAAAAGGGUUCGAGGGUGCGUGCAUUCCUCAUCAGGGACAUAAUUAACGCUGCUGAUGCUUUUCUUCAGGAUGAAAUUAUUCAUGAUCUUUUCUCUGAGAAGCCUCAAUCCAGGAAUAGAUUGAAAUCUGAGGGACAAGCUAUGGUAAUGAGGGUGGCCAAGGGCUUUCAAUCCAUGGGACAAGCAGUGAGAUUGGCUCCAGAAGUUUGGGUUGCCUUGUUUGUCCGGUUGGCUUUACGGUCCGAGUUUCAAGUGUUUGUGUUGGAUAUCGUUUCAGCAUUGGUCGACCACGCCAACGAAAGAGUGCCCACUGGUUUUUGGAUUUUCAUCUCAAGACUAAUUCACAAGUGCAAUGGAAAACUCUGACACUUUUUGUAUACUUGGUAUUUUUUUUCCCUCUAGUCCUUCAUACUUUCAUCAAAUACGUAGUAUAUAAUGUUUGGUACCUUGAAUUGUCAUGUGUUUAUAUAUUUCCCUUGGAAAUUACAGGUUUUUUAAAUUUUGCGUUGUAGUAUACCCCCUCCGUCCAUUUUUAAUUUUCCCACUUUCCUUUUCGGUCCGUCCAUAAAUAAUCUUCCCGUUA